AUGUUCAUGCGGUUAGUGGGUGUUGAAAGUACUCCAGCUGUAGAUUCUCUUCAUGUUGAAAGCCCGGAGAAGACAUCGCUAGCGACGAUUCAACGACGACCACUCCUUGCGCCGGCCUAUCCAUCAGCGCGAGUGUCUGUGCCACCUCAAACUCGUGAUCACUUAUCUGAAGAAUCCUCAAAGAACGGUGAAAACGUCGCCUCCGCGGUUGACGGCGGUAUAGCCGCUUGUAGCAGUAUCAUACCAAAGGCUAGACCUUUCGACGAGGUUGACGACGAGGGCCAUGGCCGCGCGUCGACAUCUGGAGCAUCGUAUCAAAGGAAGGUUCCGCGCGCCGGAUUUCGUGCUGGCGACACAAUAGCAUCCUACGUCUCGAAGCUCAGGCGCCAGCACUCUUGCGUGGUACAUCUGGACGAGACCAACAUACCAGGAUUUUGUGUCAUAAUGUCACCCGGUAUCCACGUACGUCUUGACUGCCGACAUAUCGAUCUCUGGGCAGUCGCAUUGGCUAAAGGGGAAAAUUGUACACUGCACACGCCUCCCAGCCUCCCGGAAUUUCGAGAUGUUCUUCAUUCCACGAUCACACACACCCAAACUACGACACCCUCUCGUGCCUCCCUGUCCAGUACCUCCCGUCACUCUCCUGACACUAGCCCGUCACUCAUCGGCAACAGGGCUACCGUGCAUGUUGCCACUCCAACGCCACAGAUCUCAAAUACUACAGCCGCUCCGCCGUAUCACCCUAAUCAUCACGAUACGCCACCCAACCAAUUGCCUGCCACUCCUCCACGCACUCCUGUCCGAUCAAAACAUGCCUUCGUCUUCGUCUCUCCUGAUAUUACCCCCAACGACAAUAUUCGCCGUUUAUUGGCUGAUUUUGCGGAUCACACAGGCAUCGACAUCCAGUCAGAAUCUCCCGUCCUCGAGUUUCAUGGAUUCGGUCCUCAGUCUAUCGCAUCAUGGACAUCCAAGACGAUCUCGCAGUGGACAGGCAUCGAAGAAAGCACCGUGAUAGAGUUACAGUCUUUUUGUGAAGAAUGGAUUGAAGCGGUUCAGAGGAAGAGGGGCAUUAUUUGA